AUGUUUGGCCGCGCCCAUAAUCGAGGCCGGAAGGAAUCCAAGCCUCCACACAAAUCCAAAAAUCGAAGCAAGCCUAAGAAUCGCAGCAGAUCCAUGCCUCCAAGCAAACCAAAGCAUCGAAGCAAAGAUCGCGGCCACCACAGUGACCCUUCACAUCAACGACGCCGUGAUCCUUCACGUCAGCCACACCGCGGUGCUUCGCGUCAGCCAUACCGUGAACAGAACUCCGAUAGUGAAGAGGACUCCGAUCAUGCUUAUGAUCAAUCGAAAUCCAAACAUGAGCAAGGCACGAGCACCAACUUAUCCUUCGAUCAAAAAUGGGCUACCCGGUUCCAAGUCUAUGACAAACAACUAUGCUUUUACGAUCAGCACAAGAAAGUAAUUGCUAAAUCCGUUGGCGCGAUACUCGACCCCGACAAGACCACCACCAUCGAAUCAGUAUUCCACCUCGACCUACGCCCCGUCACGCUGGCACGCGAUAUGACGGUCGUCCGAAUCCCAAAUGACCUGUCCGAGAUCAACGAGAUGCUCGGUGCGCCUUCCAUCUUCGCACUCGAGAUCAGAGUUGGGGUCCCCCAGUGCGGCGCAGACGAGCGCUUCGAUAUCAUCGUGUCUCGCAUCGUCGAGCAGCUUUUUAGGAGUGAUGAAGAAGGUAGGCCCCCUCAGCGAGGCCAGCGUGAAUGCCCUUCGUGCCUGCGCCUUGGCAUUCGUUCAGGCGGAUGA